UAAACAACGAGGGGUUAUCUCCAGCUCUUAUAAUUCUCGCUCGCAGCUUUUCGCUUCGCAUUCCCGUACAGAUCUUCGUCCUGUUUUACACGAAUUUUCCUCACAUACAAAAAUGAAAGGUGUCCUAAUUUUGGUGUUACUGGCGUGCGCCAUGGCAUUUACGUACGGAGACCUCAUCUGUGGCAGCAACUACUGCAAGCAGCACCCCUGCUCCAACCCAGUGACGGCUAGCAGCUGCCAAAAGCCCUCUGAGUACCGCACAAAUCACUCUGGACAAUGCGCUUGCUGUCCCGCAUGCGUUACUUUGCUCUCCGAGGGCGCUGCGUGCAAGGCUUACAGCAAGGAGUUGGGAGAAACCCCCUCCGCUGUGUGUAAAGAGCCCCUCAAAUGUCUCGCUAGCGUCUGCACAAAGGCUUCCACAAGAGUUUAACUUUACACUUCAUUACAUAAUGUAACUAUCUUACGUUACGUACCUUAACUAAAACAGAUGCCUUCAUUCGAAACAAUAAAUAGGUCACAACAUUAUUUUAUGACAUUCUUUCCAAGCUAGCUAGCCUUAGAAUUCUUUUCAAAACAAGCUUGACAGCUAUCUAUUUCAACAAAACCCAAAACUAAAACAACGCAAGAUUGGAGAAUUCAUAUACUUAUAUUAUC